AUGGGAAAUUUCCUGUGUUUCCUUGUGAAUGAAUUCGCUUUAAUUGAUCGUUCGGCAGAUAGUUAUUUCACGCUGAAGGCAUGGAAUGCUCAGAGAGCUGGUGCUGCAGUUAUACUGGUUGCGGAUUACCGGGUUGAGCCUCUUAUCACCAUGGACACCCCAGAAGAAGCUGAUGCACAGUCCAAAUACGUGCAAACCAUAAGCAUCCAAUCCGCGCUCAUCUGCAAGGAACUUGGGGACCAGAUCAAGAAGGAAUUAGCCAAAGGAGAAAUAGUCAACAUAAAUCUUGAUUGGAGGGAAGCUCUACCACAUCCCGAAGAGCGCGUCGAGUACGAGUUCUGGACCACCAGCAGUGAUGAGUGCGGAUCCAAGUGUGAAAGUCAGCUCAACUUUGUCAGGGAUUUCAAAGGGGCUGCCCAGAUUUUGGAGCAGAAAGGCUACACGCAGUUCACUCCGCAUUAUAUAACUUGGUAUUGCCCCCAGGCUUUUAUCAUGAGGCAACAGUGCAAGUCGCAGUGCAUCAACCAUGGGCGCUAUUGCGCUCCAGAUCCAGAGCAGGACUUCAGCAGGGUAUAUGAUGGCAAAGAUGUUGUUCUGCAGAACCUUCGCCAAGCCUGCUUCUUUAAGUUGGCACAGGAGAUUGGGAAGAUCCUUUUCAGAUAG